CAGUUCAUUGUCGAGAAGCUCAAUCAGGAGCCCUUCAGGAAGAACUACAACUUAGUCUCGUUUGACUCCCUGGAGUCGGUGCAGCUGCUGCAGCUGCUCAAUGAUGUUCUGGGCGAGAUUGAUCCGAAGGUCUGGCUCGGUGUAAUCCCGCGGCGUGCUUGGCUUUUCAAAACAGCUCGUGUGGAUCUUCCUGGGAAUAACUGUGCCUGGCAGGAAUCCUUCCCCAUGCUGUUGACAUUAGAGAGGAGCUGCCAGAACAAACAGCUAAAAGAAUGCUGAACCUCCUUGGAAUUCUCAAAUACAAACCUCCAGGGAGUGUGUCAGACCUAAGUGCUUUUCGCCAGGGGUUGGUCACGGGGAGCAAACCUGUCGUUCAUCCCCUCUUACACUGGCUUCUGCAGAGGACCAGUGAGCUCAAGAAAAGAGCCUACCUGGCCCGUUUCUUGGUGAAACUGGAAGUGCCAGCAGAGUUUCUCCAGGAUGAUACCGUGGCUGACAUCAACAAACAGCAUGAAGAACUCAUGGAAGCAUUUAAAAACCUGCACAAGGAGUACGAGCAGCUGAAAAUAUCUGGUUUAUCCACUGCAGAGAUAAGAAGGGACAUCAGUGCGAUGGAAGAGGAGAAAGAUCAACUGGUCAAAAGAGUGGAGCGUCUCAAGAAGAGGGUGGAGACAGUACAAAAUCAUCAACGGAUGCUUGAAAUAGCAAGACAGCUCCGCUUGGAGAAAGAGAGAGAAGAAUCUCUGGCUCAACAGAAACAGGAACAAAAAAGUCAGCUGUUCCACGCAGAGCAGAGGCUGCAGAGAGCCCAACUGCAGCUGAAGGAGAUGCAGGAUGCAGUAGCUGAUUCAAAACCUGAAAGUUUAAUGAAGAAACUGGAAGAGGAGAUGAAUUUCCAUUCCUACCUGGUUACUGAAAAAAUGCCCAGAGAGCUGGAGAGUAAAAAGGCCUCGGUGUAUCUGCUGCAGAAGGUGCUUGCAGAGCCAGCCAUGACUCAGUCUGAUCUCACUGCCCUGCAGAGCGAGAUAAAUGAAGUCAAUGCACAAAUGAAUCAGCUUAUUGAGAAAAGAAUGAUGAAAUAUGAGCCAACAGAUAGUAAAUUUUCCAUGUAUCGCCAGCAGGCAUCUAUAAUUUCCCGGAAAAAGGAAGCCAAGGCAGAAGAACUCCAGGCUGCCAAGGAAGAGAUGACCAGGCUGGAGAGGCAGGUGCAGCAGAGGAGCAGUCAGACCCACGAGCUGGAGGGCUCAGAAAUCCUGACAGAGGAUGAGGUGAAGCAGUACGUCAGUAAACUCCGCAGCAAGAACACCCUGUAUAAAAAGAAGCGCCUGGAAAUAGCAGAAAUCACAGCUGAGUACGGAAUCCUCCAGAGGACAGAGGAGCUUCUGAAGCAGCGCCACGAGGCCAUUCAGCAGCAGUUGCAAAUGAUUGAAGAGAAAAAAGGCAUUCCUGGAUACAGUUACACCCAGGAGGAGCUGGAAAAAGUCUCUGCAGUGAAGAGUGAAAUAGAUGAAAUGAAAGGCCAGACAUUAGAUAAUAUGUCUGAAAUGGUAAAGAAGCUGAAUGCAGUGGUGGCAGAGAAGAAGGCAAGCCUUGCUCCUGUCAUCAAAGAGCUCAGGCAGCUGCGGCAGAAGUGCCAGGAAUUAACUCAGGAACGCGACGAGAAGAAAAUCCAGUACGACAGUUGCGCGGCCGGGCUGGAGAGCAAUCGCUCGGCGCUCGAACAGGAAGUGAAAGGGCUCCUCGAGGAGUGUGCCCAGGAGGAGAGCAACUACCGCUACAUUCACUGCAUGAAAAGGAGCCUGGAGGUGCAGCUGCAGAGGGCUAAGGAGGAAAUGAAGGCCUACGUGUCCCCAGACCCCCAGGAGCGACGGAAGGCGAUGCGAGAACAGUAUACACGGAUGAUCCUUGAACAAGAAAACCUUGGGAAGAAAUUACGAGAGAAGCAGAAGGUUGUCCGGGAAAGUCACGGGCCGAAUAUGAAGCAAAGGAAAAUGUGGCAGGACUUUGAGCAGUUAAUGGAAUGCAAAAGAGAAUGUUUUCAGAAACAACAAAAUCAAGCAGCCAUUGGUCAGGUCAUUCAGGAGGGAGGUAAAGACAGGCUUGUGUUAUGAGUUCUUCCUCCUCCCAAUACCUGCAUGAAGUGGGAAGACUGUGUUGGCUUCUGAAUGGAAAACUCUUACUAAAUCCUGUUGCUCUCAUCAGUUCUACAAUUUCUGUGCAGUAUUUGGUUUUGGUGGAUAAACAAGGAGAGCAACAGACCCCUCCACUGUUUCGGUGGCAACGUGCUGUGGUUGGAAGGUCUGUUGGAAGAGCUGCACUGUGGGGUGAAGCUCCUCGUAAAUCCCUGGUUUAUGAGGCCGGGAAGGGCAUCUG